UCCGUGACUGCCCACGCAGCGCAACGCAGCGCAAAGCAGGCGACGCUGGUGACCGUUGAGGGCGACGGCCUGGACCCCUAAUCUGCAGCAGCGCGAGGGCAGGGGACGGGCGAUGGGGAAACCGGAGGGCGCGAGGAUGAGGAUGUGGAUGUGGUUGUGGUGGAGCGCGACGGUGCUGGCAGGAACGGGAACGGCGUGGAGCGCGACGACGUAUCCGACGCCGCCACUGCCGAUUGCGCCCAUGCCCUCGGCGUCGCAGCUGCGCUUCCAGCAGCGCGAGAUGGUGCUCUUCUUCCACUUCGGCAUGAACACGUUCACGGACUCGGAGUGGGGCGACGGGCGGGCCGAUCCCGCGACCUUCGACCCGGCGCGCCUGGACGCGCGCCAGUGGAUGCGCGCGGCCAAGCUCGCGGGCUUCGAGCUCGUCAUGCUCACCGUCAAGCACCACGACGGCUUCUGCCUCUGGCCCACGCGCUACUCCGACUACUCGGUGCGCCGCAGCCCCUGGCGCAACGGCGCGGGCGACGUCUUCCGCGACUUCGUCACGGCCGCCAGAGACGCUGAGCUCGACGUCGGGGUCUACCUCUCUCCUUGGGACCGUCACGAGGAAACCUACGGCGACACGGUCGCUUACAACGAGCAUUACAUGGCGCAGCUUCGCGAGCUACUCACCGGGUAUGGGCCGAUCGCGGAGGUGUGGCUGGACGGGGCUAAAGGCGAAGACGCGAAGAACAUGUCGUACAUGUACACGGAGUGGCACGCGCUGAUCCACCAGCUGCAGCCGGGGGCUAACAUCUUCUCCGACGCAGGGCCUGACAUUCGGUGGGUGGGCAACGAGUGGGGCGAGGCCGGCCCGACCUGCUGGUCCAUGAUCAACGCCUCCGCUCUGCACAUCGGUCAGUCGGGGGAUGUUCUCGGAUACUUGAAUUCGGGAGACCCGCGCGGCACGGACUGGCUGCCGGCGGAGUGCGAUGUGUCGAUCAGACCCGGCUGGUUCUGGCACGCGAAUGAGAGCCCAUGGCCUGUGGAAACUCUGCUCGACAUCUACUACAAGUCCACGGGCAGAAACUGCGUCCUCCUGCUGAAUGUGCCGCCCAACUCCUCGGGUCUCGUCGCAGCGGAGGACUUGCGAACUCUGAUCGACUUCAGAUCAGCUCUGGACGACAUCUUCGCAGUCAGCAGGGCAGCAGCUGCCGUCCAGGUCCUGGCCAGCAGCACUCGAGGAGGCCCUGCUCGAAGCUCUCCCUUCUCACCGAGCCACGUCCUGGACGACGAUCCUUCCACGUACUGGGCGGCUGACGAGGGCCAUAGCUCGGCAUUCUUGAGCCUGGAAUUCGAGGAUCAGAUCCAGUUCAAUGUGCUGAAGCUGCAGGAGGCCGUGGCCUUCGGCCAGAGGGUCUCCAAGUACAGUGUACUGGUGUGGGUGGAAGGGAACAAUGAUCGAGCCAAAGGAGGGUGGGACGCAGUGUGCCACGGGACUACAAUCGGCUACAAGAAACUGGAUCGAUUCAGAGUUUCGCAGACUCGAAGAGUUCGAGUUGUCUUCGAGGAGGCUCGGGGUCCACCCAUCAUUGCCUCUGUGGGCUUGUACCUGGACUCCUGGUCCAGAGAAGCGCUCAUCCGCCCUGGCCAGAAUCUCUCGUCUGGUACCUUCCAGUGAAGCUUCCAGUGAAGCUUGAGCUGUGACUGCUGUUCUCAGAAACCAUCACCACGGCUCGCUUCUUCAAUCAGACAAAUCUGCAACGCGUGGAACACAACGACAUCUUGCCCAUAGAUGCUGCCUGUCGUCAGGUUAGCAUAUAGUAUAUAUAGAAACCGCAUCUGAUGCAAUCGGUUGAGCCAGCUGCACUCUGUACUUUCGCUACUGCCUAGAGCCUUUGAGCAUUCAGCUGCGGAUCGUCAUUCUGGUCGGCGCAAUCACAGCCGCACCAGUUACAAGUGCAGUCUGCACGGUUUGUGGGGUCCGGAGAAAGUUGGUAGCUGACAAGGCUCGAUCCAGGUAUGCGAAAGGACUCGAACCGAAACCAUUGGAUUAUUCCACGGGCGGCGUUUUUAAAAAUUAGUUUCGACAUGUGUUAAACAUCGACAUAAGACAGCAGUACUUUCCUGCAGCGCACACGUCAGACCUUUUGUUACCAAAAUUUCCAAAUUAUGAAGUCUUCU